UAUUUAAUCACUUUCCUUUGUACUAUAUUGGAAAACGGCUGGUUCCUUGUCUUACCGAUGAGGUGUUCGAUCUCACCCGCUGUACCCUGAAACCCAUACCUGUCUCUGAGGUGAGAGGUGGAUUGAAUGUGUGGUCUGAUUGAUUUUGUGUUCGCUAUUAAGGUAGAAAAUAAGACUACAGCUGUAGUGACAGUAAGCUUCUUUAGGAAGCCUUCAUGACAGGAAAUAUCUUGCUUGGUCUCUUCUACAGAACGGGCCACUAUUACAGGAAGCGAGCUUCUUUUAAGUGGUCCAUACUGUAUAAGCUUGUACUUGUGGUUCCUAUCCUAGUAUGCAGUAUCAUAUGUGAACUGCUAAUUCUGAAUUUUAUUAUUUUUAAAAAGUUAUCUCGGGUCCCACGUCAGAUUUCUGCGUGUUUUAUCUCAGAACUACACCACAUUCAAGACAAGGUACAUUUUUCCUGUGGAUUUGGAAGCUGGGGAAUGAUAGCUGUUUAGAAGUCAGUGUGUGUGUGUAGCAACCUGACUGUAAGACGCUCCUAUCACCUACUCGACGAUUGGAAUCUGACGGUGGAGACUAUCUGUUCUUAUCUACAAAGGCUGUUUAACAGAAUUUGAAACAUUUUCAAAUUAACGCUGAAUCUGAAUAUAUACUGUCCGCAUUCUUCAUCCGGCGAGCGACCCAACCCCAGCCUCGGUGUCUCGCAGCAAGCUGGUGUACACAGCAAGAACGGGUUGAUGCUGAGGCUUCCCCAAGUUUCCCGAAGCUUUGCAGAGGAAUUUGAUAGAAACCACAUCAUCUCCUCUUGGAAGCUGCAAUUACUUAUCAUUGGGAACUGCCAUGGCGGUACACCUGCUGCUGUGACAUCCUGUGAGCGGACGCCAGGCGGCAGAAACCUUUGCAGCUUCGCUACGCGACAGGUGAACCGAGUCCAGGGUCCAGGUGAAGAUGAAACUGCUUUACUCUUGCAACCUCCACACCCAUCCUCUGCUGAGAGAGUUCCUGGCAGAACUUCUGGGGACUUUCUGCUGAUGGUUAUUGGCAUUGGCGUCAUUGCACAGGCAACUCUCAGUGAGUUCACGUUUGGCUCUGACAUGUCCAUUUUCUUGGGCUGGGGGCUGGCCGUCGCCAUUGGAAUUUCCUCUUGCGUUGGAGUCACAGGUGGUCACAUUAACCCAGCAGUGACAGUGACCAUGGCGGUCCUCGGACGAUUUUCGUGGGCCAAAGUUCCAGUCUAUGGCGCUCAGUAUUUGGGCAGUUUCCUCGCCUCUGUCUUCUGUUAUCUUGUUUAUAAGGACGCCUUAGAUAACUACGACGGAGGUGUUCGCCAGGUGGAUGGAAGCAAAGCCACAGCGGGCAUUUGGGCAACAUAUCCAAAGGAAUACGUUUCCGUGUGGACAGGUUUCGGCGACCAGAUCCUAGCCACCGCCCUGUUGAUGGUGGGAGUCAUGGCGCUGACAGACAUCCGCCAUUCCAACGGCAAGAACUCUCAUCUCGUCCCAUUCUUUGCCGGCGGUCUCGUCGCUGCCCUCUGCAUGGCCUUCGGCCUUAACUGCGGCUGCCCUUUGAACCCGGCCCGUGACCUUGCGCCCCGCAUUUUCACGAGUAUCGCCGGCUGGGGGAUAAAGCCGUUCAGUUUCAGGAAUUACUCUUGGUUCUGGGUGCCGGUGGUUGCACCUCACGUGGGCGCCAUUUUGGGAGCGUUCAUCUACCAGUACGCUGUAGGCUUACACUGGCCUCCUGACAAUGUCGACUCGCCACUAAAAUUAAGUGAAACAAACAUUAACCCAGCGUUUGUCUGUGGAUGCAAGGACAGCUACUUACGCUGGCAAAGAAAGUGCGCAGUAGUCUCCCUCUUCAUUUUCGUCGUGUUGGCACUUCGCAAAUAAUUCUUUACAAGCGGGCAAUAACAGCCAGCAAGUGGUGCCAGCUGCAACCGCUGAACAGAGUUCCUCUGCAGAUUGAAUGUGACUACGUGUUUCCUCUGAAUGUUGGAACGGGAUGAGCAGUCGAAUCAAGGGGUUGAACUUUGGGACGCCAGUGUAAACCUCUGGCGCCAGAAGAGAACUGCAUAAAACUUGCACAAACCCUGAAUUCAUUCACAAGUUUGUUUCAAAAAUGACGAUCAGUUACCUAACAAAAUAGGAUUCCUGGUGCAAUUUGUGUGUCGAAUAUAUGCUGUAUGAUAUUCCACGCUGAUAUUAAAUUUAGGAUCUA